AUGUAUAAAGCAUGUGCAACAACAUUAAUGGCAACUACACCUGUUGGUGAAUUAUAUGUAAAUGAACGUGAAUUUUGUUUAUCACAUCGUUUUGAAAUUAAUGAUAUUCAUAAUUCUUCAUCAUGUUUUUCAGAUGGCGAUAUUAAAAUUUCAACAAAACAGAUAAAUAUUGGUGAUGUCAAUGAUUCCGGAGGACGGAUACUGUAG